GUCCCGCACUGCAGUGGCGACCGCGAUAUGCCCGGAGGCGAGGAGACGCUGGACCUGCCUGCGUGGAACUGCGCCCCAGAUCUGGCAUGGGGCCCCCACCACAGAAGUGCGAUGGCGUCUCUUGAUUCUGAGGUGAAAGAGGAAUGGCUGAGGGAAGACCUGAAGUUCUACUUCAUGAGCCCCUGUGAGAAAUACCGAGCCAGACGUCAGAUCCCAUGGAAACUAGGCUUGCAGAUACUGAAGAUCGUCAUGGUAACCACACAGCUUGUUCGGUUUGGCCUGGGUAACCAGUUGGUGGUGGUCUUCAAAGAAGAUAACACUGUUGCCUUUAAGCAUCUGUUUUUGAAAGGCUUUUCCGGAGUUGAUGAAGAUGACUACAGCUGUAGCCUGUACACUCAAGAGGACACAUAUGAGAGCAUAUUUUUUGCUAUAAAGCAGUAUGGUCAUCUGAGGAACAUCUCUCUGGCAACCCUCAGUUACGGAGAAAAUGAAGACAAUAGAACUGCCUUGAAAUUCUGUAAGCAGCAUUACAAGACAGAGGCCAUGUUUUCUUCUAAUGAGACCCUGAAUAUUGACAGUGACAUUGAGACAGAAUGCAUUCACCUAGACGUCCAGGUGCUUGCCAAGGAGCCUGAGGACUGGACGCAGACAUCUUUCUUCAGGCUGGACUUUUAUAGGCUUGUGCAAGUGGAUAUCUCUUUUGCCCUCAGAGGAAUUGACCUACAGGCCGUUCAUUCCCGAGAGGUACCAGACUGCUACGUCUUUCAGAAUAUGAUUACCUUUGACAACAAAGCCCACAGCGGAAAAAUCAAAAUCUAUUUUAACAGCGAGGCCAACAUAGAAGAAUGCAAAGCCACAAACAUAUCUGGGUCUGUUCAGAGGAGCACUCGCUAUGUCCUGGUGUUUGACGUGUUUGUCAUUAUGAUCUGCCUGGCAUCCCUUAUCCUGUGCACAAGGUCCAUCGUUCUCGCUCUGAGGCUGAGGAAGAGAUUUCUCAACUUCUUCCUGGAGAAGUACAAGCGGCAUGCCUGUGAUGCCGACCAGUGGGUGUUCAUCAACGGCUGGUACGUCCUGGUCACAGUCAGCGACCUCAUGACAAUCAUGGGAUCCAUACUGAAGAUGGAAAUCAAAGCCAAGAACCUCACAAACUAUGAUCUGUGCAGCAUUUUGCUUGGGACGUCAACACUCCUCGUCUGGGUUGGCGUCAUCAGAUAUUUGGGUUACUUUCAGACAUACAACGUGCUCAUUUUAACCAUGCAGGCCUCACUGCCCAAAGUCCUCCGGUUCUGCGCUUGUGCUGGCAUGAUCUACCUGGGGUACACGUUCUGUGGCUGGAUUGUGUUGGGGCCGUACCACGAGAAGUUUGAAAACCUGAGCAUCGUUGCUGAAUGCUUGUUUUCUCUGGUCAACGGCGAUGAUAUGUUUGCCACCUUCGCUCAGAUCCAGCAGAAAAGCCUCCUGGUGUGGCUGUUCAGCCGCAUCUACUUGUAUUCCUUUAUUAGUUUAUUCAUCUACAUGGUCCUCAGCCUUUUCAUUGCACUCAUCACCGACUCCUAUCACACCAUUAAGAAAUACCAACAGAAUGGCUUUCCUGAAACGGAUCUGCAGAAAUUCCUGAAGGAACACAGCAGCAAAGAUGGGUACCAGAAGCAGCCAUCCGCCUUGCUGUCCUGCAUCUGCUGUCUGAGGAGGAGAGGAAGCGAUGACCACUUGAUUCUCAUUGACUAAAACCCUUUGCUAAUGUCAAUCAAGUCCAGACCUCAUCCUCUGGUAGUACAGAGACACCCCAAAGUCAGCAGCGGUUCACUAGAAGACUGUCUUACUGAACCAGCGACCCAGAAGGAGGGGUGCCCAGGAACUGCUGACCUAAAG